GAUUAUGCUGAAAAGAAAAACAAGAUAGCAAAAGCUCUGGAAGAUCUUAAAGCCAACUUCUACUGUGAACUCUGUGACAAGCAGUACUAUAAACACCAGGAGUUUGACAAUCACAUUAACUCUUAUGAUCAUGCUCACAAACAGAGGCUGAAGGAACUGAAACAGAGGGAGUUUGCUCGAAACGUAGCAUCUAAGUCACGAAAAGAUGAAAGGAAGCAGGAAAAGGCCCUUCAACGUUUGCACAAGCUAGCUGAGCUAAGGAAAGCGACAACGUGUGCUCCUGGAAGCGGCCCUAUGUUCAAAUCCACUACAGUGACUGUGCGAGAUCAUUGCAAUGAUAUCCCACAAGGUCCUGCCAUAGAUUCUGUCAAUGGAAAGGAUUUCAGUUGUACGUUAAUGCACGAUGCACAGAAUUGUAAAGAUGUCGCUUCUGUUAUUUCUUCCACUCCUGGAAGUGCAUGUAGUAAUAAAUCCGAUGCUAUCAAAUGUGGAGAUCAGGUGCAAGGAGCUCAAGGACAUAGAGCUGGGUUCUCUUUUGCUUUUCCUAAGAAAGCAGCAGUCAAACUGGAGUCUUCAGCUGCCGUUUUCUAUGAAUAUAAUGACGAAACAUCUAUGGAGCGUGGAUUUAGCAGAAGAAGUAGAUUUGUUCCAGGAGUAUGUAACCCUCAGUCUCCUUCAGCAGCAGAAAUAGUCCUGUGCCCUGAGGAGAGACAUAACUGUUCUUACCCACUGGUAGAAAAAUGCACAGACACAGCAGAAGCUCCUGAAGCUCAUGACUCAAAAGAGGUGGCCAGUGAAGAAAGCAGCGUGCUGGAGAGUCCCGUAUUAACUCCUGCAAUGUCCUAUUCAAGGCAAUUGCCAUGCUCGGACAUGGGUGGCUAUGGUAUUGAUGCAAGUGCAGCAGACUUACUGGACCAAACUCUGCCCAUGGUUGCAGAUAGUGCUCAGGUUCUGCCCUUGGACUGCAGUGGUUAUGAGCUGCAAACAAACAGGGCUGUCAUGCAGGUGGUUGUGGAGGAUUGUUUAUCUCUGGAGGAUGCUGCGAAGGAAAGUGAUAAAGGCAGGAACACUGAUUCAUCCACAACUGAAACCAAAAUAAAAAAGCUGGGGAUAGAUGUAUUAGUGCCAUUACCGUCUGAAGACAGUAGUAGUGGAGCCCCACAAAACCAACCAGACACAUGCAAGAGACCUUGUGAACCCUUUGUUCCUGUUCUUAGCAAACAUGGAUCAAAUAUUCUUCAGUGGCCAUCAGAAAUGUUAAUUUACACAAGUACAGACCCAUCAAUUUCUUAUAGCUGUAAUCCUUUAUAUUUUGAUUUCAAGUCAUCAAGAACAAGUGACAGCCAAGAAAAGCCUAAGCAUCAGACCAACGUACCUCAUUUGCUCCUUAAAACUAAAUCCAACAAUAGUUUAGUCUCAGAAUUUACAAAUAAGCCUACCUUAGAGUGUGAUGAUUGUGAAACAGAAGUGAAUAAAAAUGUGUGCGACUACACGAUACCCUUUAUAAGUGAAGUUUCCCUCAUCAGGAAUUGUCAUCUUGCAAAAAAUAAAAAUAAAGUGUCCUUGGAUGAGUCAUUCAGGAUUAGAAAAAUAGAAAAGUAUCACAUUUCUAAAAAUCGCUUACGACAGAACACUGUGAUAGAUGAGAAAUAUAACAAAGUCUGGAUCAAAGGAAGCCAUGAAAAAAGGCUUCACAAAAGUAGAAAAAGGAAAAGGAGAAGAAAAUUAUGUCAUUGUCAUCAUCAUCACUGUGGGGACACAAAAGCAGCAGAAGUGGAGAUGUCCUCAGCAACUGAAAAAGAAAUUAGUUACAGAGGUGAAAAUAAGUAUCAGGACGUCCAAAAUAGUCCAGCGAAGUGCAGACAUGAUGCAGGGAAUAUCUGGCUAGCCGCGAGUGAGGUACAGCAGUCUCAUCAAAAACUCAGCAUUGAAAACGGUCCUAAAAGAGUCGUGUCUGCAUCAGAUCGUGCACACGGGGACAGAGCCUGGUGUGGCGCUUGGAGCACAAAAAAUAGCGGCCAGCACCAUGGCUGUAAACAACCAAAAGGAAAGAGCAAAGCAAGCUCUCGGAGACAGGCAAAGCAGCUGGCUCUGAGUUCCAGGAGGCACAGCUUGAGAUACUCUAAAACAUGUUGUAGCUGGGGAAUGAGGAUGUCCGGCUGUAGCCCAGAGCAUAAAUGUUUAGGACACAGCAGUGAGAAGAGUCUGAGACAAAACCAGUCCAUAAAGAGAGGUUACAACAUCCUGACAGAGGAACCUGAAAAAUCCCACCGCAAGCAGAGACAACAUACCUAUUCCUCUUCAUCAGAGGAAAGCUCAUACCAACAGAUUUUAUCAGCAGAGGAAUAUCUAGGGCAAGCACAUACUUUAGGUACACAUCACAAGGUAAAAGGAAACUGCAGGAGAAGGAAAACUAGAAUCCAUCAUGUAUUCCUUGACAGAAAUGCAAGAAGUGAGACCUCCAGACCUUCCAAAGAAAGUUCUGUAAGUUCUACGUUAAAUAUUUUGGGGGACUUCUUGACUCAAGACAGCCUAGAGGAAACUACUGUUAGUCCCAAAGCUGAUCAUGCGAAAGAUGCGGAUGAAACAAUGCAGUUGGAGGGAAGCAAAUCAUCUCUAGAAACUGCUAGUUCACAUGUGCUGGAAAAAGACAAAUUGACAGCAUGUGCAGCGAUGGAGAGUACUCCAAGUACAUCUUCUGACAUUGUCACAGGUUCUGUUGCUGCUGUUCCUGAGCACAGUGCUCCAGCAGCUCCCAGCCUGCAGAAUGUUACGCAAGACUGGAGGAAAAAAGAAAAUCUCAACAGCUGUGAAAAUAAAGCUCGCUACAAAGUUCCCCUCCCUGGUAGAUGUUUGGAACAAGCUCCUGCAAAAUCCUAUCUUUGCCAUUAUGAAUUGGCAGAGUCUCUACCACAUGAGAAAAUAAAUGAGGUGACCAGUGAAUGGGUGCAGUAUAAUCCUGGCUUAUUUAGCAGCCCACCACCUUUGCCAUUCAAAGAAACACAUGUGAACUGUCAUACCUUUUUAACCACUGAGCAGUUAAUCGCCCCCUUCACCCUGCCUGAUCAGACAUUGAUACUCCCUCCAGAUAACCAUGACAAAUUCAAAAAUCUCCCAUCUGAGGCGUAUCAGCAGAUCAUGCCACAGAACAUGCUGGUUAACAAAGUGAAGUUCACCUUCCCUCCCCCGGCAAUCCAGCCCCCAAAUUCCCCACUACAGCCCUUACCCUUGCAGCCACCACUGUCUUCUACCUCUGUCACCACCAUCCAUCACACCUUCCUACAGCAGCACACUGCUGCUGCCAGUACAUUGAAGGUUCUCCAGCCCCACCAGCAGUUCCUCUCCCCGAUCCCGGCUCUUUCCAGAGCACCUUUACCUCAUUUACCAGUCGGACCAAGGCUUUGCCCAGGGAGCCACGCAGCUUUCGUCGCCCCGCCACAUUUGCCGCUGCUGCCAUCCUCGGUCCUGCACCCGACCCAGCUGGCGUUUCCCACGCUGCCACACACUGUCUUCCCAUCCCUGCUGUCCCCACACCCAUCUGUCAUCCCCCUGCAGCCCCUCUUUUAG